AUGUUGUUAUUGUUGUUCUUGUUAUUCGUUCACAACUUUUCGGUGAGUUUUUUGAAGUGGGUGAUUGAAAAUUAGAAAAAAAAACCAACAAGAUUUUUGAUGAAAUCAUAAAAUUGUAGUUUUCAUUAAAUGUUUUUUGAAAUAUGUAGAUAUUGUAGUUUUUAAUGAUUAUUUUUGAAAUUCUUCAAGAGUUGUUCUUGAAUUUUUGAAAAUCUUAAAUCAGAAAAUUUGAAGUACACAUUUUGAGAAAACUUGGGAUGAAAGAAAACACUUCAGAUUACUUUCAAGCUCAAAAGUCUCAAGUUUUUCUGAUUCUCACUUCUUAAAAUGAUCAAUUUGCUACUUCCAAAUGUAAAAUCCAUAUUUUGAACCUUGUGCUCUCCUCCAUAAAACUUUUCAAUCCCAAUGACCUCAACCCACUUUACCAUGUUCAGAAAAUUGAAAAAAAAAUCCCAAAACCUUGCAUAAUUCCUUAAUUCCACAAAAAACACCACCUAACAAGCCAAAAUAUGUUAAUCCCCGAUUAGUCAUGUCGAAUACCGAAUACCACAACAAAUUUACAACCAAGGUCAAAAAUCCUGCCCAAGCCCACCUACACAAGAAAAAGUUGAAAUAAUUGAAAGCGGGAGAAGAAGACGUUUUUUUUUUGACUGACAGAGUAAUAAAAACAUUUUUCAAUAUAAUAAUAAUAAUGAAAAGGUGAAAGUAUAAAAGAGAGAGAAUGAGAAAAACGAGUAAAAUAUAAUUGAGCUUGGAUUGGUUGCCAUUCAAUUAGAUUUUGCAAACAAACAAAAUGAUGAGAAGAGAUUUCGAAAAAAAAGAGAAAAGAUCAAAGAUUUUUUGCAGGUAUCGGCUGAUAGUUUGAUUAUUGAUAAAAAAGUCAAAUGCACAUCUUCAAAUAUUGAAGUUGAUCUAACUUUUUCAAAAGCAUUCAGUGGUGGAGUUCUAACAGAAAAUGCAAAGAAAAAUGAUCAAUGCAGGUGAGAAUAAGUUUUGAUCUUUCCUUUUAACUGUAAUAUAAUCAAAUCUAGAGAAAAAUGUUCGGGCAUUUUUUCGGCUAGAAAAGUUUCAGAUCAUAAAUGUUCCAGUCCAAACUUCACAAAGAAAAAAAAACAUUUCUAAUAAUCUGGUUUUUAUUAUGAUGGUAAUCCUUUACAUCACAGCUUUUUUUUUAGAAAAUAUUAUUGGAUGAAUUUUUUCGAACAAAUUAGAGAAAAUAUCAAAUACCUCCAAUAAUUUAAUUUUCAGAUGGAAAGGUGAUGGUUCAAAUCAUCUUUCUCUAAUUAUUCCACUCUUCAAUUCUUCAAAAUGCUUGAUCAACUCAAAUGAUGUAAGUUUUCUGUCUUCAAACUUUCACCUAUAGAAAGUAAGUAAAUCGAUUUUCCAGACAUCCGGCGUUUAUAGUAUCAAAUUGUUAGUUAGCCCGGUUAAUGGUCUAAUUGUCGACGGAUUUCAUGCGGUUAAUGUGAAAUGCAUUUAUGCAACACAGGAUAUUACACUCACUUUGCCGCCAAUUUUCAAUGGCACAAAUGCGCUACAGGUUCGGAAAAAUUGAAUUUGAGAAAAUUAAGAUUACAACGAAAAAAAAAUAUUUUCAGAUUCAUACAAUGGAAGAUGAAAAUUCAGUAGUGACUGGAAGUGGAGGUUCACCCUCACUUUCUAUGCAGAUUCUAGAGGGACACGGGAUAACUGGACCACCCAUGGUGAAAGCUGCUGUAGGUCAAAGAAUUACCUUGGAUAUUGCACUACAGAAUACUGGUAAGCUGGGUUUAUAGAGAAUUGAGAAAAGUAAAACAAAAUGAAAUUAUAGUGCAUUUAUCUCAAAGUUUUCCAUAAUUAUAGAUAACUGUGUGAAAUUUUCUAUACAAAUAAUGACUCUUUUUUUCCAGCGAUUUAUGAUUUUUAUGUUCAUUCAUGUUAUGCACACGAUGGAAGCAACUCUCCAGAUGCAUCAAUUAAUAUCAUCGAUUCAUAUGGGUUGGUCGAUUUUAUUUUUGAAAAACACACAAAAAAUAACAAAGAAAUAUAAAUCUUUCAGCUGUGGAGUUCGACUUUCACGCGCGAUUGACGUGCCCGCUUUGACCUCACAACCUGCACCAAAUGGCCCAAAACAUGUCUAUUUACACAUGUAAAUUUUUAUUUAUUUUCUUUUCUGUAUAUUUGUAUCAAAACGCUUUUUUAUAGGUACGGUUUUCAAUUCACUUCAAACAAUUUUGUACAUUUUGAAUGUCAAGUUAAACCAUGCAUCAAAUCAUGCCAUCGAGAGGUUUGUAAGGGGAGAUCGGAAAGAUUUGGAAAAUCUUGAUUACUGUAAUAAGAAUCUGAAUUCUCCAAAAUAAUUACAUACAUAUGGAAUUAUUUUUAAAGAAUGUUGUUCUGGAAUACGGUAGAUGAUGCACUUGAAAUUCAUCCAUGUGCAUUCUAGGCAUUCUACGGUUUACAAAUGGCAUUCACAGUAAUCCCAAAAAAUUGUGAAAUCCAAAUUUUCCCAAAUUUAAAACUUCCUAAAUUGUUUUUAGCAGUUACAGUAACCUAGUAUUUUUUUCCAAAAAGUUCACCUAGAACCUAGAACUAUACCAAGUGUUUUCCCAAACCUUCUCACAAAAUUUUAAAAAGCCGUCUUGGAAUUAGAAUCUGAUGCAAAGUUACCGUAACCUGAAUUUCAAAUCCGGAAGAGAAUACACAAAGCGAAAAAAUUUCAUAGGAAAUGAGAAAAUAUAAUAAAGCAAAAAGGAAAAAUCCGACCUUUUGCUUUUAUGGAAACAAUGGCUCAUAUAUUUUUCUGAAGAACACACGAAUAUUUUAUUCGGAGCCGAGGCGCCGCCUUUGGGCUCUUCGAAUGAAGAAGCAGCACACACACACAGCAAAAAACGACGAGAGGAGGAGAAGAAGAAGAAGAAGCAUAAAUGGAAUGAAAAUGGAUCGAAUAAGAACAAAUGACGAAGAUGCUCUUCUUGAGCACAAAAACUGCACGAGCGCAAACAGAAUAAAAUAAAAAACAGAAACAGAAUUCAUCCACACACACAAUUUUUAAUUGAGAUCUUUUCUUUCACGUUUCUAAUUUAUUUCGUCGCUCUUUCUCAAUUUUUCUUUUUAUUCAUAUUCAUAUGUGGGUGUUCCUUGGUGUUUGAAUAGAAUAUGCGUAGAAGAGCUCGUGAGAAAUACUGUAGUGAGCAAACAAAUUGGCUGGAUUUCUUGCAUACGUUUUUGAUUAAUUGGGUUCAGAGAAACCAAGAGUGCCAAUUUUCUUUGUGUGUGGUUCGAAGGGGUUGAUGUUGGAGAAAGACGUUAUUCUUGAUAGGGAGAUCUUGUAGCGUGGUCCAUAAAAUUGUUUUGAAAUACAAAUUGAAUUUUCUGUUACAAUACUCGAGGGUUAUUGUAGAGUGCAGACAAACUGCUAGUGACAAGAUCAAUUUUCACCGUGUGUGGUCUGAUAAUGUUCAUCAGAUUUAACGAGUUCAAUUAUCUAGCGAGUGAUAAUUUUCCAUUCUCUUCUUGUGCGAUCUGGAACCUUCAUAAUGUUCAUAUGAAAAAAAAAACACACACAUCGAGUUAAAGUUCUAUAUUUAGAUGUUUUAUUCAUAAAAACUACCGUAGUAAGCAAACAAAUUGGCUGGAUUUCUUGCAUACGUUUUUUAAUUAAUUGGGUUCAGAAAAACUGAGAGUGCUCAUAUUGUAUGCGCUCAAUUUUGAUGAUAUCAUGAAGAAAAUAAUGAUGCGAGCUAGCUCAUCUUUUAUUAGAUUUAUGAGGUUGAUGAUCUCAUGAGGGGAAAUGUGACGAAUUUUUUGCAUAUGUGUGGUCUAAAUGUCAGUCUUGAGAAUGCGUUCAUUUGAAAUCAAAUGAUCAAAAUCUCAGGAUAGGAAUCAUGAGGAUUUUUUUUGAAGAAUCAUAUGCUUGAAAAAAACUUAUUGCUUCAUGUGUAGUCAAUAGAACAAAAAUAAAGUUUAGGAUCCCUAACAACUCAAUAAUAAAAAAAAACAAAACUUAUCUUUUUUUUUUCAAAAUAAUCUCUCUUGCAAUCUAUCUCUAUCACUUUUCAUUCUGUCAUGUACUGAACGUAUGCUUGGUACACGCCAGGUUGAAAGUGCAAGAGUUUUUUGCAGUCAAAAUCUUUUUUUUUCUGUUCGAAAUUAAUGAAAAUCACGAGAUUCGAGAAAGGUUCACUCGAACUCCAAAGACUACAAUCUAUGUAAUUGAGAGUUGACCUUUUUGACGAAAAAAAAAUGAAAUUGGGAGAGGCCACAAUUCUCUCGGGUCAUUGAAAUGUGCAGUUUAUGGGAAAGACAUUUUUUUGAAAAUUGAAUUCAUUUUUGGAAGCAUUAUUUUAUAAAGCCAGUAUUUUGUAGUAUAAUUUUUAUGGUAAUUUCUCUAAAAUUUGAUACCAAUUUGGCCACUCUGAAGACAAUCUCAAAAAUUGCCAAAAACACAAAAAAUUUUUCCAAUUGGUUAAUACAGUUUUGAACUGUUUCCUUUUCCAACAUAUUUUUUUGCAGCAAUGUAUGAAAGAGGACGAUGCAACGAAAAAAAUCCCAAUGAUCCCAGCACAUCGUCGUCGACGCUCAAAACUUGAUUCAGAUGACUCUUCACAAUCAUCUGAUCCAACACAACAAGUGGCUACACUUCGUCUUGAGACCGUUCUCGAAAUAUCACCUCAAUCAACUGGUCCUGCAGCUGCAUUAGGUCAGUUGAUUCAUCCAAUUGAUCACGUGAAUUGAAAAAUAUAGAUCUAUUUUAGUAUCAUCAUCAUCUUAUCAUCAGUACGACAGCACUUGUUUGUCUCAGCUAGCACUAGUGGCGAUUUGCUCCAUCGUUUUUGUGACAACUGCUCUUUUUGUUUCGAUUAUUCACGUGGUUUAUCGCAAAUGGUCAAAGUAUGUGACGACACGCAAAACUUCAAAUGUUUCAACUGCUGAUUCUGAUAGCUUGAAUUCAAUAUAA